CGUGGGGGCGCCUCGCGUCCGCGCCCAGUGACGAGGCCGCUACGUAGACGCCGUCGCGGCGGAGACAUAAGGAAGAAAACGAGCAAGGAGCAAGGACUGACUACAGAUGCCUUAAUGAUGAGCAAAUGUAGCAGGAAGAAGUAUGUUAAGACAAACCUAAGACAAAUGACCAUGGAAACAGUUGCAUCUCAGCAGGAUGGAAGUGUAGCAGAUUCCGGGGCCGAGAGCACGUCCGCCCACGUGCAGCCUCGGCCUGGGCAGAGCUCAGUGCCUGCGUUAGCUCAGGUUUCUGUAGCUGGAUCAGGCACCGGAAGAGGCUCUCCGGCCAUAACUCUAGUGCAGUUACCUUCGGGCCAGACUGUGCAUGUCCAGGGAGUAAUUCCGACCCCACAGCCACCGGCUCCUCACUCACCACAGAUACACACCGUCCAGGUAGCAGCACUUGCAGAGCCAGCUGAGUCCACCGAGUCAGGAGGCAUAACUGACUCUCAGAAACGUAGAGAAAUUCUGUCACGAAGACCCUCUUACAGAAAAAUACUGAAUGAACUGUCCUCUGAUGUGCCUGCUACUCCCACGAUUGAAGAAGACAAACCCGAGAGAGAAGGCACACCGCCUACCAUCGCUACCAUGGCAGUGCCGACUAGCAUAUACCAGACUAGCACGGGGCAAUACAUUGCUAUAGCCCAAGGUGGAGCAAUCCAGAUUUCUAACCCAGGAUCUGAUGGUGUUCAGGGACUACAGGCACUAACAAUGACAAGUUCAGGAGCUCCUCCACCAGGCGCUACGAUUGUACAGUACGCAGCACAGUCAGCCGAUGGCACACAGCAGUUCUUUGUCCCAGGCAGCCAGGUUGUUGUUCAAGAUGAGGAAACUGAACUUGCCCCAAGUCACAUGGCUGCCGCCACGGGUGACAUGCCGACGUACCAGAUCCGAGCCCCCACGACCGCUCUGCCCCAGGGAGUGGUGAUGGCCGCCUCCCCAGGAAGUCUGCACAGUCCCCAGCAACUGGCGGAGGAGGCGACACGGAAACGGGAGCUCAGGCUAAUGAAGAACAGGGAAGCCGCUAAAGAAUGUCGGCGUCGGAAGAAGGAAUACGUCAAGUGUCUGGAGAGCCGCGUCGCCAUGCUGGAGGUGCAGAACAAGAAGCUCAUCGAGGAGCUCGAGACCCUGAAGGACUUCUGCUCUCCCAAAACAGACUAGCGGGGAUGCUCACCCAUGCACCCAUCACCACGUGUACAGUUGCUUUGGAAGGCAAUACAAUACAGAGCCGGCAAAGAUUAUGGCUUUUCUCCUUUGUGUCAUUCCUCUGUGCCCUGACCCUAACAUUCCUACAGCGCUUCACUGUACCGAGUUGACUCUUAGCUGUAACUUCCGUUUUUUAUUUUUAAAGAGACAAACUGUAAAAAAAAAAAAAAAAAGAAAGAAAAAUGUAUGUAACGGAUUCUUGAAACAAAAUAUUUGUAAGACUUGUUGCAAUGCCACAUAUUUGCAGUCUCUGUGUCAUGAAUAGUGUCCUAUGCAAUAAAACAUUUUGCAGGUCUUUAAAAA